AUGCAAGAUAUGUUUUCCAUGUAUAUUGAAAAUCGGAGUCAACUCUCGUUCAUCGAGUUGUAUGUUGAGUUUGAGCAAUCUGAGGCCGACCGGAAUAUUCUACGGGAGGAUUACAAUAGUGACAGUGAAGAAGAGUUCGAAAGUAACUACGAAGUUGUUGGUCCAGAUGGAGAUGAGGUUCAAGGUGACGGAGCUAUGGCUCCGGAUAUGUCCGAUGUGGCAACUGUACUGGCAAACGAUGUGCCGUUUGAGGAGCCAUCAUUCAUGCGAGUUUUGGAUUUGGAAGCCAUGCAUGUUCCGGAGUUUCCGGAUUAUAUCAAUGCAGAAAUUCCUUUUCUCGUAGAUGGUGAAUUUGUCGUUGGGAUGGAAUUCAGUUUCAGGAAAGCUGUUAUUAAAGUGAUAAAAGAGUAUACUAUACGAAAAAGCGUAGAUUACCGGGUGUAUGAGUUUGAGCCGUUGACAUUUUAUGCGAAGUGUACACAGUAUGGGUCAGGGUGUGAUUGGCUUAUCCGGGUUAGCAUGAUCAGCCGAAAGUACUGUUGGGUUAUAAGGAGGUAUAAUGGCAGUCACACAUGUACCAGAGCCACAAUUUCUCAGGAUCAUUCAAAGCUGGAUUCGACCACGAUUGCAGAAGCAAUUAAGCCGUUGGUUGAGGCUGACUCUGCCUUAAAGGUAAAAUCGGUUAUAGCAGAGGCGCAAUCGAAGUUCAACUACACUGUUAGUUAUCGAAAAGCAUGGUUGGCUAAGCAAAAGGCAGUUGAAAAAAUAUUUGGAGGCUGGGAGGCAUCGUACGAAGCGUUGCCUAUAUGGUUUGAGACCAUGUGUCACAAGGAGCUGUCAGCUGUUGUUCUUUUUGAGACUAUGCCUACAUACCAAGGCGAUGACUUGGUGACUGAUAUUCAAAUAUCUAUAUCGUCGGUCACCACGCUCCCAGUUACGCCACCUAAUAUCAUAUAUUCAAUUAGCUAA